UGGUGUUAUUGAAGAAUCCUUUUUAAAUGCCUCUGUUUUCCACUCCUUGAUUAUUUAUUAAAUUAUAAUCAUUUCAUAACUAUCUUCUUGUGCUUGGACAAAGUCAGCGGGAUCAGUAUUAGCUUUGGUCACUCACAGUUUAGAUUUUUCUUCCUCCUUCACCCCUCCUCCUCUUCCUCCCCUCAUUUCUUACCCGGUAGUCCAACGUGGCCAGGUGAACGAAGGCAGGCAUGACGACAGAUGGCCCUUACAGUCUGAGGGAUUAAACAUUAACACCAGGCAGCUCAGAUUCUAUCGCACACACAAACACCAGUGUACACACCCACUCACGUAGGCCAGGGCAUACUGUUUACACGCACCCACAGGCCAGCAGGAGGAUGCCAGAGACACAGCUGCUGAGACACAGCCCAGCCAAUACUCUCUAGAAUCAGCAGAACGAGGGAUUUAACCGAUGGACGGAGAGGCAGAGGGCACUUUUUCUCCAGUCACCAUGGAGGUGUGGAGCUUCUCGGCAUCUGAGGAGGAGGAGGAAGAAGAGAAGAGCACCUCCAGUCUUGCGGAUGAAACAGUAGAGGAGGAGAAGAAAUAUCUCAACGGCAAUAACAAUAACAAUAAUAACAACAAUGACGGCCUUUGCCGGGAGGUGACACAAGUGCUGUGCUCAGACAGAGUGGGCCAGGUCACCAAGACGUAUCAUGACAUCAAGGCAGUCACCCACCUGCUGGAGGAGAAAGAGCGGGAUCUCGAGUUGGCAGCACGGAUUGGUCAGUCUCUCCUGAAGCAAAACCAAGAACUAACGGCGCGAAAUGAAAUGCUGGAUGAACAGCUUGAAAUUGCUAAGGAGGAGAUUGCACAACUUCGCCACGAGCUCUCGAUGCGAGACGACCUCCUUCAAUUCUAUGCGAGCACCGAAGAUACCGAGAACGCUGAAUCGCUCUCACCGAUUAAAAGGAAUGAAUCAUGCAGCUCCCUCACCAACUUUGUCCACUACGACUUCCUGCAGCAGAAACUGAAGGGUUUGGAGGAUGAGAACCGUAAACUGAGAUUUGAGGCUAAUGAGCUCACAACAGAGACGACCAACUAUGAGGAGCAAGAACAGGAGCUGAUGAUGGUGUGUGUGGAAGAGCUCUCAUCUGUCAAUAAGCAGAUGGUCGACCUGUCAGAGGAGCUGGCGCGGAAAGUAGAGGACUCCCUCCGACAGCAGGAGGAGAUCAGCUCCCUGCUCGCUCAGAUUGUGGACCAGCAAGCCCGCUGCAAAGGGCUCGCCCAUGAGAACGAGGGGCUGAACCAACAGCUGAGUGCCUCCCGUGAGAGCCAGAGAAAACUCAAAUCAGAGCUCAAGGACCUGCAGGACAAGUACUCGGAGAGUGAGGACAUGCUCCGCGAGGCCCGAGAGGACAUCAAAAACCUGCGGAACAAGAGCCUGCCCAACAGCACGGUUCAGCGGUACACAGCGCUGGCCUCUGUCCUGCCCAUGGACUCUCUGGCAGCUGAGAUAGAGGGCACCUUCCGCAAAGGCCUGGACACCCCGGCCCCGCCAGAAUACAAGAACCACCCGUGGCGUGUGUUCGAAACGGUGAAGGUGGUGAACAAGGUCGGGAGGGUGCGGUCUCUGUGCCACUCCCCGGGACUCCCGGGCUCCAGCCCGAUGUCUGCUCGCUCCAGUUGUACCAGCACCCCCCGAACCAGCUACUAUGGCUCCGAUAACGCCAGCUUCACCCUGGAGGACAAGCCCACCUCCAGUCAUGCUCAGAAAGAGGACAACAGUGUUGUUGGGCCGAAGCGUCUGGGUCAGCCAGGCACACCAGGAGGCCAGGACCUCGAAGCUGCUUUGCGCAGCCUGUCGGCCCGCCAAGAGAACCACUCCUCUGAGCGGCCUUUCUUCGAGGUGGAGCGCGAGCGGAAGCUCCGCGCCUUGGCAGCUGACUCCGAGGAGGGCGAGGGCUCCUCGGGCUUCCUGACCCCAAACAGCCUGGCCUCCAGCCCGGCAGCGUCGUCGGGCACCAACUACUCCAACGGCAGCUCGCGGCACUCCUGCAGCUCCUCAGGAGGAUCCAGGUCCUACCUGCCAGACCGCCUGCAGAUCGUCAAACCUCUGGAAGGCUCGGUGACACUGCAUCAGUGGCAGCAGCUGGCUAAACCGAACCUGGGGGGCAUCCUGCAUCCCCGUCCUGGCGUACUGACUAAAGACUUCCGGGAGCUCGAGGUUGACAUACAGCACGUCUACAGCCUGAACGACCUGGAGGAGGAUGAGCCCGACCUGUCGCAGCUUUCUGGAGCUCACGGCAUGGUCUCUCCACCUGGUCCCAACCUCCCUCAGACCUCUCCCACACAUACCAUUACCACCUGCCAAGUCCUCCAACCCUCCCUUCUCAUCCCCUCCUUCUCUACUAGCCUUCACUCUUUCGGCCUGCCAUUUUGUCGGAACUCUGAGCACGUGAGCACUUCAUCUCCAGCCCACCAGCAGCACUUUAGCCUGGGAGGCCGGACCACCACCACCACCACCUCAAACAUAACCACUCCAUCAACGGGACUCCUGCAGCUGCUGCAAGAGCGCGGCAUCUCCGCCUCCCCCUAUCCCCACCACCACCUGCACGACAUCCACAGCACAAAACCCUUGUUCACAGCAAAAGACAAAGGUGGAGGGUCAUCACCGGACAAGGAAGGAAGAAGGAACAUUUUCAGCCUGAACCUCGUGGGGAAGCUUCAGCGUCUCGGGUUGAACAGGGUGGCAGCCUGGGGGAUGAUGGGCCACAGUGGCGAGGAGAGAGAAGCCGCGUGGCAACGUCCGAAAGUCUAAUGAUCCAACACCUCCUCCUCCUCCUCUCUCGUUCGCUGCAGUGACUUUGCAUGGAGCUGUAUGACACAGCACUAGUGUCUUGAAAACAAAAGCUGCAGAAUGCGAAAGAGCCACACUGUAAGUUCUCAGUAGUGUAUAGUACUUUUCUUUUCUAUGAAGUCAUAUGUACAGUAGAUAAACUGCUGUGCGUGUGUGUGUGUGUGUGUGUGUGUGUAACAUCUUCAUCUCAGGACAAUCACCCGAUCCGUCUUUCUGACUCAUUUCUUUUUUACACAAAAAACGAAACAUCAUGAAAAAAAAAACUUUUUAUACUGUGUCUUGUUGUGAAUUGUAAUUUUACAGUUUUCCCUUCCACUGGUUUGAAAAAAAUUAAAAACCUCAUCACCAUGGUUUUUCGUAGUUUCCAAACUGACAAUAUCAAAUUAUAAAUAAUAUUGUUUUGAUUUGGGAGAGUUAAUAAUUAACUGCACAUAGUCUCUUUUUUUUAUUAUUACAAUUUUUUUUUUUUAGUUAAAACCACGAACCAAGCCAAUGCUGUCACACUGAAGAUCUUUCAAAUGCACUAAAUUACACUUUGGUCUUCCUGUUUAUUAGCUGCUACAUUGAGAAUCGCAUGUUGUAUAUAAUAAGAUUAUGAAAUAUACUGAACUAAACAAAACUGAUCUAGGAGCACGGCGAAGGCUUCUGCUCCGAACUGGGGCCGAUGACAAACCGACUGAACUGAGUGACGCUGCUCACGUUGACAUCCGCCCCACAGUUCGUCAUCUGCUUUCACAAAGCACACGUCGUCGUGGCUGCGCACAGUGCCGCACCACCUCCGAGCUGUCUACAUGUUUGACUUAUAUGUGGACUUGUGGUCGUCCUGAACCAAACCUCAGCAACAAAAAAAAAAAGACAUAUCAGGUCUGCCAUUCUGCAGCAGAGACAGCGAAUGGGAGUUUUCGAAGCAAUAUGUGUAUUGACCGUUUGCGUUGACUGAAAAAGUCCUGCUUGUACAAAUCUGCUGUGUUUCAUGUCAUCAGGAAUUUUUAAACUGCUGGGAUGUGGAUGAAAACCAAAAUCAUGUCGAGCAUUCAAAGUGAAUCCUCCAUGGUGUUCAGGGGGAAUCCUUAUUUAAAGAAAUACGAGUAGUGGGGUCAUAAUUAUUCAAACAGCGUGGUUCUUCAAUCAGCUGCAUGAAAAGGGCAUAGGAUACUGUGGAUUAAAAAGGGAAUAAAUAGUAAACACAGGUCCUUGUCAUUUGUGUUAAUCUACCAAACCACUGUUUUCUCUGCAUCGCGGUUUGCUGUAAUCUCUGUUAGCAUCACAGCUGCACAUGUCGCUGUGUUACGAGAAACUGAACCACCUGUGAAUAAAUCUUUGCAUUUUCAUCCAG